CUCUUAAUUUAGGCCCCAUUGGCCACUGUUUACCAAUACCAACAACACCACCCAUAUUGGUGGCGAGUAAUGCAACAGCAACAGCUACUACUCCAACAACAGCCACAAUUGCCAUAGCAUCACAAUUGACAGCAACUACAGCUACCACAGCAACAGCAACAACAAUGACAAAAACUGCAACAACAACAACAACAACAACAGCAACAAUUAGUCCGCUAUUAUCCAAUGUACAGCAAAUACGCCCGGCUCAAUUAAAUGCAUGUCCUCCCGAUAAUUGCUUGAACGGUGGUACUUGUAGUGGAAAUGCUUCAAAUUUUACUUGUUUAUGUGCUAGUGGAUACACAGGUUACAAUUGCGAACUACUCGCCACAGAUGGCCCGACAAGCAUGCCAUCGACCGGCAGUGGCGCCAUCAACACUGUUGGUCCGCUCGUCAACUGCCUCAAUGGCGGCAAGUGUCUCAAUGGUGGCACUUGCUCAAUGAAUGGCACUCACUGCUACUGUGCUAGCGGCUUUUCGGGUGAACGCUGCGAGAAGGCCGAACCCUGUACUGCGACAAAUUGCCAAGAACCGAUGGUAUGCCAGCUGAGUAAGUGCGUUUGUCCGGAGAAUAAGGUAUGUACGCCCUGCUCGGCGCAGCCGUGUCGAAAUGGUGGCGUUUGUGCAGAUGGACCCAAUGGCGAAUACACCUGCAGUUGUACGUCCGGCUGGACGGGGCGCACAUGCACCAAAGAUGUUGACGAAUGUGCCUUGGAUCCGAAUAUUUGCGGUAAUGGCAUUUGCAAGAAUGAGGAGGGCUCAUACAAGUGCUAUUGCACGCCGGGUUUUACGGGCAAACACUGUGACUCCGAUGUGGAUGAGUGCCUGAGUCAUCCGUGCCAGAAUGGUGCGACGUGCAAUAAUAAGAUCAACGCCUACGAAUGCGUCUGCCAACCAGGUUAUACCGGCAUCAAUUGUGAAGUCGAUAUUAACGAAUGCGAUAGUAAUCCCUGCACGAAGGGCUCCACAUGCAUCGACAUGAUCAAUAACUUCACCUGCUCCUGCAUACCUGGCAUGACGGGACGCUUCUGUGAGAACGAUAUCGAUGAUUGUAUUUCGGCGCCUUGCCAACAUGGUGGCCACUGCAUAGACGAAUUGGGCGGCUUUCGUUGUGACUGCGCCAACACAGGCUAUGAGGGACAACUUUGCGAGCUGAAUAUCGACGAAUGUGAAUCGCAGCCAUGUCUGAAUGGUGCUGCUUGCAUAGAUGAUAUAAAUGAUUACCGUUGCAAAUGUUAUCCAGGCUACACUGGGAAAAAUUGUGAAACCGACAUCAAUGAAUGCGAAAGUAAUCCUUGUUUAUAUAAUGGCAAUUGUUUGGAACGAUCCAAUAUGACUUUGUAUGGGUUGAGUAAAACGAUGGAUGGUCUGCCAGAGUUCUUUAAUCGACCGUUUUCUUAUCUGAAUGCAAGUGGUUACGAGUGCGUUUGCGUGCCGGGUAUUAUGGGCAAGAAUUGUGAGAUCAACAUCAAUGAAUGCGAAACGAAUCCGUGUGGCAAGCAUGGAACAUGCAAUGAUGGAAUUGGCACAUAUACUUGCGAAUGCGAUCCGGGUUUCGAGGGACGACACUGCGAUGUGAAUAUCGACGAGUGUGACAGAUAUCAACCUUGUGGCGCACACGGCACCUGCUUCGAUGAGAUCAACGACUACACUUGCGAUUGUGAUGCCAAUUAUGGCGGUAAAAACUGCUCUGUACCCCUGAUAGGCUGCUCGAGUGCGCCUUGUCAGAAUGGCGGUUACUGCAAACCGUAUUUGGUUAAUGAAACCGAACAUCUUUUCAACUGUACCUGCCAACAUGGUUUCCAGGGUGAUAUAUGCGAGAAGACCACAACAAUUUCAAUGGUGGUGAGCAGUCUAAUCACCGUGAAGACGCAACGCGAAGAAGGUUAUGACAUCAAUUUGCAAUUUAAGACCACACUACCCAAUGGUGUGCUCGCUUUUGGCACCUCGAUUGGUCAUAAUGAACCCGUUAGCUAUAUAUUGGAGUUAAUAAAUGGUCGACUGAAUUUACAUUCUUCGUUGCUUAACAAAUGGGAGGGCGUAUUCAUCGGUUCCAAGCUGAAUGAUAGCAACUGGCAUAAAGUAUUCGUCGCCAUUAACACUUCGCAUUUAGUGCUCUCUGCCAAUGAUGAGCAGGCCAUAUUCCCGGUGGGUUCAUAUGAGACCGCCAAUGGCAGUCAACCGUCAUUUCCACUCACCUAUUUAGGUGGCACUAUACCCAAUUUGAAAUCUUACUUGCGUCAUUUGCCGCAUCGCCCCUCGAGUUUCGUUGGCUGCAUGCAGGAUAUAGUUGUGAAUGGCAAAUGGAUUUUUCCCGAGGAACAAGGCACCGAAAAAGAUACCAAGUUAACAAAUAUACAGGCCGGCUGUCCACGUAAUGAGCAAUGUGUACCAAAUCCAUGUCACUCGAAUGGCGCUUGCACAGAUUUGUGGCAUACAUUCUCGUGCACCUGCCAGCGUCCACAUUUUGGACACACCUGCAAAUACAAUAUAACUGCCGCCACAUUUGGUCAUGAGAACACCACACACUCGGCUGUAAUUGUAGAGACAAAUGAGGCUGCACGUCGUGCCAUUCGCUCCAUACUGGAUAUCUCUAUGUUCAUACGUACACGGGAGCCCACUGGACAGGUAUUCUAUUUGGGUAGUGAUCCAAAGAAAUCCGCUUCAAAAGGAACAAGUAAGUAUUUCGAGAACGUUUCGAAAAAAUUUGUGAAUAGAUUGGUAAGAGCUAUGGCUUUCAAAUGUACAAUGGUACUACAUACUUGGGUCCCGAGGAAUAAGGUUAGUCCGUAUAACCGCAUCAUAGUUUAGGCAUUGAAAAUGACCAAUUGAAUAAGGUCUUAUUUCCAAAUGAGUACAGAGAUUGUCCUCUGAACAAUAGCAGGUGAAAAAUCGUAUGCGACAAAUAAGAGUUGAAUUCGUUAGGUCAAGAAAAUCCACAGGUCAGAUGGCUUUAAAAGAAGAAGGUGAACACGGUACUAUAUUGCUGUAUACCAGGGCACUGUUCGAUCGCAGUUAACAAGCUCGCCGACCGGAACCAUUUUGUUGACUAAGUGUAUCCUCUUCGAAAAUUAUAAUCGCGGCGAGGGUAAAUUCAGAACGCGGCAAGUACUGGAGAGAGGUAAGGGACCUUAUAUGGUCUAGGCUCAGGCUAUCCUUUUGCUGAAAAGAUAUAAACCUUUUGAAUAGAGCCAAGAAGAAGCUAAUUAUUGGUUAUUUAACUGGUCAUAAUCAACUGCGCUUUCACAUGCGCCAGAUUGGCCUAUCCACAGACACGGAUUGUCGUCUUUGUCUCAAAGCGAAGGGGGCGUCGGAUUAGGUUAUAUGUUAUUUUCCGGCAAUGGCCAGACUAAGAGUGCAAUACUUCGGUUUUUCCACUGUCAAUACCCUUAAUGUUAGAAAUUCAUCUACCGAGAAACUGUGAGCUUUUCUAAAAGAGGCUGAAUAUAACUUGGGCCGUCGACUUAGGAACUAUCAUGGGCAGGCCUGGGCGACGCCGACUGCGCAGUACCCGCGGGUAACGUUGUGUGUUCGUAUACACGUGGGUGAAGGCGAAAAUUAAGCGAAAAUUAAUCACUUUUCACUUUUUUAAUGACUCAGAUACAAAAGAUUUUCUCGCGUGUCCCUUGUUUAUCUUUCAGCCAAUAAAGCGAUAUCGACAUCCACUUUUUCGAUCCUCUCAUAACCCGAAAUCUUUUCCUU